AGAAGAUCGCAAGUCUCUCCUACGGACUAAAAUGAGUCAUAACAUAAGUACACACGAAAUCCAAAGAUCUUUUCUCUUCCCUAACAAACCACCCAAACCAACACACCUUCACUGAAUCGCCGGAGCAGAAUCCCGCUCCUUCAGUGAGAGAAAACAAAACCCCACACAUCAAAAUUAAAAAAUAUCUGAAAAAAACUCUCCUUUUUAUAGUAUUUGAAAAGAACAUUUAUUAUUAUUACCCCAUCAUUCCUUUACAGAUGUGAUUUUCAGGGCCGCCUCUGUUUUGGUUUGAGUGAUUGAUUGAUUCAUUGUCAUUCAUUCCACCACAUUUAUUUCUGCACCCCAUAUUAGGGAAAAGAAUGUCUCAGAAUUGUUUCCAGGGGAUUUGCUGGCUGUUGCUAAUUUCAAUUUAUGGUCGUUGAGUGUAUCCUCUCCCAGGCCCCAGCCUUUAGAACAUAUGGCCAAUUGUUUUUCAGCCUUUUCUGCUGGUUUCCUUUGCUUUUUCAGAUCUCUUUUUCCCGUUCUAUUUUUAACUUUUGUCUCAUUUUUUGGGUCCAAGAUUGCAUCUUUCUGGGAAUGGCUCUCUUUUAAUCUUUACAUGCAACAGCUUGAAUGUACUUAAAACUGUGAACUCUUGAUUGUUUCAGCUGAAAAUUGAGGUCUUUUUCUUUGCUUUUUACUCUCUGUUUUUCUUGCCAAUCAUAGUUUUUUUUAUUGAGAUUUUCAUUCACCUUCUAAGAGUCAACACCAGAUCUUGCUUAUUAGUUACUGCAGUACUCAUAAAAGGUUAAAGAUUGCUACUUUUUGGUUCAAAAUUUAAUCUUUCUGUUGAUUAUGCUGUUGGGGUUGACCAUAGAUUGGAUUUUUUUAUGUUGCACUUGCAGUGUUACUGGUAAAAUUUCGUUGAUUUGCAUUUUCAAAGUGGUAACACUGCAAAUGGAAGAUGAUAUAUUUUCUGGGAUUGGAAGUGGAAUACAAAUGGACAGCAAAGUUGUUCAAACAUUUCAGAAGAGCUUCGGACAAGUCCAGAACAUUUUAGACCAGAACAGGCUGCUAAUCAAUGAGAUUAAUCAAAAUCAUGAGUCCAAGAUCCCAGAUAACUUGUCCAGAAAUGUUGGACUAAUUAGGGAGCUUAACAACAACAUUAGAAGGGUUGUGGAUCUUUAUGCUGAUCUUUCACAUUCUUUUACCAAAUCCAUGGAGGUUUCUUCAGAAGGGGAUUCUGGUGGGACAACUAAAUCGGAUGGAAGAGGUGGCCAGAAGAGAAUUAGGUCCAAUUGAGAAGCUUGGAUUUAUCACAUUUUCAUGAGAUUUCAUAAGGGAUGGUCUUAAUCAUCAAUCUUCAAUCGUCAAUCUCUUUCUGUCAUCAAUUUUGGGUUAGAUAAAAUGUGUAACUGAUACUAGAUCUUCAAUGUCUUGUCUUCUGCUGCAAAUAUUAGGGGACUUUUCAUUCUGUGUCAUUCUACUCUUAUUCAAAGAAUAAAAUUUUCUUUGACAAAAAGGCCCAAGGAUAACCUCAUUGAACUCAAAACUGUUUUCCUGUCUUCCUUGUAAUAGAAAAGUUCUUCAUUAUCCACAUGAUUUGAUUUCAUCAUUUGGCAGCUGCUGUGCCUUUCCUUUCUGAUGGGAACUUAAAAGGGCCCUACCAAGUAUGAUUCUUGUUCAUGGUUUUUAUCAAACGGGUUAUCCUGUUUCUGUAGGACAUGUUUUUCACAAACGCCUUUCCAUAAACCUAGACUCCAUCUUUUUCAGUCAUCUCUUCCGAUCAUCUUAUUUUCCUCAUCUUCCACACCCCUCAUUUUCUCCCUAUAUUGAUAGUGUUAUUUUCCUAAUCUUUUCUCCCCUCAUUAUGUCACUAUUUUGUUUGUCUCCAUCACACACGAGAUGUCAAUCUCGUCCAGAUACGGAAAAUAUAUGGAUAGUAAUGAGAUUGUUAAUUGGUUGGAUCAGUAUAUACUCAUUUUAAUAAUCUUGAGGUAAUCUUGUGAUGCAUGUCUGAAAAGUCCAAGAGUGUGUGAAUAAGUGGGAAUAAAUCUUAAUUUUUGAAUAUAAUCUAACCCACAUUCCUACGGUUUGAUCAUCUCUUGUUGACCAAAAGGGAUGACAGCAACAUCGAUCAAACCCAACCACAAAUUGUCUAUCUAAUUAAAUUUUCUUGCCUUGACCCUUUACAUUUUGUCCAAAAUAAUUAUGGUAUUUUUUUAAUCACUUCCACCUACUUUGGUAA